AUGCCGCAACAACCCAAUAUUGAUAUAAAUUAUUUGGCAGCAGAAGUUAUUGAUAUACGAAGUUGUGUGUUAAUGAUGGGGCAGUGGAUGCAACACCAGCAUCAGCGAGAAGAGAGAAAUGUUGAUAGAGAUCUGGUGUUAGCAUACGUAAAACUGAGCCGAAAAGAGUUUGAUGGAUCAAGUGAUGCAUUAGACUUUUUGGAAGAAGUCGAGCAAAAUGCUCGUAGACUUCAAGCUAACGAAAGACAGACAAUGUUGUUAAUGGAGAUGUCGAUGGAAGGUCCAGCCAAGGAUUGGUUUCGACAAGUAAUUGGAUCAAUAAUGGGUCAUAUAACAUGGGCAGAGUUUGUGACCCGAUAUAAGGACUUCUUUUUACCGUUUGCGGUAGUUGAAGGUAACCGGGACAAACUGUUAUCGUUAACUCGAGGUAACAGAUCUGUACAAGAAUAUGUUACCGAGUUUAAUCGAUUGAGCAGAUUUGCUCCAGACUUGAUAACAGAUCAAAGAGACAAGGAUUUUGUGCAAGUUGUCGACAGCACAAGACAACUGGAAAGCGCAUUAAUCCAAUUUGGUAAAAUUCCUGACCCCUCACAACCAAACCAAGUCAGAGAUGAACGUUCUGGUUAUGGAAACCAGACUUCGAGGCAAAUUAGUGAAGGAACUGAACGACGUUAUGGUCGAACCCAUAAGAAAGGUAGACAAGGAAAAGAAGCCAAGAAGGCUAGAACCAUUGGUCAAAAUUUUGAGCAAGGAAGCUCUAGUUUUGCAAAUCCUAUGUGUCAACGAUGUGGAAGGAGACAUUUAGGUAUUUGUCAAGCUACUACAAAUAUAUGUUUUUCGUGCAGCCAACAAGGCCAUUACGCGAGAGAAUGCCCGUAUUCCGUACAACAGAAUACAACAGAGAAUGUGGACCAACCACUUCCUCAGCAAGCAAGGUCUAUUUACACAACGGUUUCGAGACAGGGUCAACCUAGCGCAAUACGCGGUAGAGAUUGA